AUGGAUCCCAAAAUUGAGAUGCAGGUGGAUCCCAAUGAGGACACGGAGUGGAAUGACAUCCUGAGGGCCCACGGGAUCAUCCCACAGAAGGAGCCAGAUCCAACCGAGGAGCUGGAAGAGCUGUUGCAGGAGGCUGUUCAAAAACAGCAUGAGAAUAGACUCGAAGGCAAAGAUUUGGACGAGCUGGAAGCCUUGGAGGAUGAGGAAGAUGAAGAUUUUCUUGAGGAGUACAAACAGAAGAGAUUGGCCGAAAUAGCAGAGCUCACAAAAAAGUCCAAGUUUGGCUCAGUGUAUCCUAUUACCAAGCCAGAAUAUAAAAAAGAGAUCACAGACGCUUCAAAUGAGUCCUUCAUCUUUUUGCACAUGACGCUUAGCAGCAACCAACAAUCCAGACUGUUAUCCGCGAUAAUGCAAAGAAUUGCGCCGAAAUUCGCUGAGAUCAAGUUCUGUGAGAUCCCAGCCAACCGUGCCGUUGAGAACUACCCAGAUGCCAAUUGUCCCACCAUACUUAUCUACUACAAGGGAGAUCUGGUUCAGCAGUACAUAACACUUACACAGCUGGGUGGUAGCGGUGCCACCAUAAAAGAUAUCGAAAAGGCCUUGGUUGGUGCCCAGGCUGUGAAGGACGACGAUAAGAGACUGGAGAUCAACCAGCAGGAUGAAGACCUGGCAGAGAGUCGAAUGCUGAGGUUUGCCAAAAAAUCGAUAAGAUCGUCUGCGAAAGAUGACGAGGAUGAUGACUUUUUUGACUAA